AUGGCCCCCCUUAAACGCACUUGCUCGGAUAUAUCACACCAGAUAUCUAUAGACAACACUCUAAACAAAGAACCAACUCCAACGACAACAACUUUGUUGUCCUUGUCUGCGAUAUCCGAAGUGGAAGAUGCAAAGUGUGAGUGUUGUGGCAUGUCUGAAGAGUGCACCCCGGAGUAUAUAAACCGUGUGCGUUCAAAAUUCUCAGGGAAGCUAAUUUGCGGUUUGUGCGCAGAAGCUGUGGAGCAAGAGAUGGAGAAGAUGAACAAUAGUAGUGAAGUACUAGUGGAGAAACGGCGAGAGGAGGCAGUACAUGCACACAUGAGCGCAUGUUCCCGGUUUAAUAGGCUAGGCCGGAGUUAUCCGGCGUUGUACCAAGCAGAAGCUGUUAAGGAAAUUCUGAAGAAGAGGUCUAACAAAAUGGUCAGAGACACCAAGUCUGAAAAAGGUGGUCUCACUAGGAGCUCUAGCUGCAUGCCUGCGUUGGCUAAGGAGCUAAAAGAUCGUACGUUUGUUAAUUAGUAUGUAUGUAUGUAUACUUACUUUUGCUUUUAUGUUUUCUUUUGUAAAGCCGUUUACUUAUAUGUUGCUAUGUUUAUACAAAGUUACAUGCAGAGAGAGAGGGAUAAGGGUGUAAGUUAGUUAUAUGUAAUGAAACAAGCUGAUGGAAGUUUUGUGUGUAAUUAAUUUAUUUUUCCCCUUGUGUAAUGUAUAAUCAA